AACUUGGUGAAACCACCGCCAUCACACGGUCGAUUCUUCUUCUCAGCAGAUGCUGAAACUUUUAUUUGAGUAAACCUCAGAGAAGAAAGAGAGUCCAAGAGUUCACCAAGCAAUCUGGGAAUGGCAAGAUUUGUGAAGGAACUGACGAGAACAGACGUUGGUUCCAUGUUAGUAAUCCCAACUCAUUUCAUGAACCAAAUGCCGCAAGUUGAAGGAGGACGGUCUGAAAAUAUGACAGUCAUGGAUGUGGGGGAAAGCGAGUGGACCUUUGGCUACUACGUCCGACAGAAUGUCAACCGACGACCCGUUUUGAGAUCAGGGUGGCGCCGUUAUGUCCGUGAGAAAGAACUGAAAGUUGGCGACAGGAUUAUAUUUGAGCGUGUGGACGGCUUCCCAGCACGUUACAGGAUUGGAGCAAGAAGACGAAUCACUUUGCUAGGUCGUAAGGUAUGGGCCGACCUAUUCUAGAGUCUUAUUAUGUGUAUGUGUUUUGAAGUUCGAAGCAAAAACUAGUAUUUGCUUCCUAAAUAAGGUGUGAGUUUAGUUUUAUGUCUUGUUGUGUGUGUUUUAUUAUUGAUGCACGUGUUUUUGGUGUCGAUCUGCUGUAGUAUUGUGUUAUUCCACUUUGAUGUGUUUAGACACUGGAUACUUGGAGAGAAUUAAUGUCGUUGUGUUUG